AUGAUACUUUAUCGAGGAUCGCUCUUCUUUGCGGGCCUAGCCGUAUGCUCGACGGUUGUGGCUGCUACGGGCGAUAGUUCGACGCGGCCUCGGGGAGUUGGCCCUGAAUUCGCCAAGUUCUACAAGAACGCCACAACUUUCACUUGUAUCUCCCACCCGGCCAUUCAGAUCCCCUUCUCUUCAGUGAAUGAUGACUUCUGUGACUGCCCUGAUGGGAGUGAUGAACCAGGGACCUCUGCCUGCUCUCACCUUUCUCGCAAUUCCCCUUUGACGGUGGCUGAUCGUCCGGGGAAUAGUGAGCUCGAACUCGCAUCAUCGUUGCCCGGUUUCUACUGCAAAAACAAGGGCCAUAAGCCAUCUUAUGUUCAUUUCCAACGUGUCAAUGAUGGUAUUUGUGACUAUGAGUUGUGCUGCGAUGGCAGCGACGAGUGGGCUCAUGUGGGAGGCACCAAAUGUGAAGAUAGGUGCAAGGCGAUAGGCAAGGAGUGGCGGAAGAAGGAGGAAAAGCGACAGAAAUCUAUGACCACGGCAUUGAAGCGGAAAAGAGAUCUGCUUGUGGAUGCCAGCAGGCAGCAACAGGAGGUCGAGGAUCAUAUCAAGAGAAUUGAGGCUGAACUCCAGGGUGAAGAGAUAAAAGCGAAACACCUAGAGGCUGACCUUGAAAGGAUCGAGAAAGAGGAAAGGAGUAAAGUGGUCCGGGGCAAGAAGACAAGCAAAGUGAAUGUCCUCGUAGAGUUGGCCAAAGGCCGAGUCGAGGAGCUCCGCAAUGCACUGGGCCAGGUCCGCAAAGAGAGGGAUGAGGUUCGUUCUCGAGUCAAGGAGCUGGAGGAAAUUCUGUCCAAAUUCAAAGUCGAAUACAACCCCAACUUCAAUGACGAGGGUGUCAAACGCGCCGUGCGUAGCUGGGAGGACUAUGCGGUUCGCGGAACCACAGAUAGUCUUGACAACAGUGCCCGUGACCAAGACCUGGAUGAGCUCGUGAAACCCGACAACGACCAGACAGGCAUCAAUUGGGAACAAUGGGGAAAUGAAGAUGAUACGUGUGAAGCCGCUACAGUCUAUAAACUCGCGGCUUACCUCCCACCUUCUCUGGUCGCCUUCAUUGAGGAUAAAGCAGUGUCCAUUCGAGGGUUCCUUGAAGACAACGGGAUCCUAGCCAAGAGCACUGAGGGUUCUCACUCAGAGUCUAAAGCGGUGGCCGAGGCCCGCGAUGUCUUCACCGCGGCUCAGAAAACGGUCGAGGACCUGCAGUCACAACUGAGGGAUCACCAAUCCGACCUCAAAACGGACUACGGUACAGCCUCGGUCUUCCGUGCGCUGAAGGGAGUCUGCAUCUCUAAGGACGCGGGCGAGUACACGUAUGAGCACUGCUUCCUGGACCAGACGAAGCAGAAGCAGAAAAAGGGCGGAUCUUCCGUGCGCAUGGGCUCGUUCACGCGCAUCGGGACCAUUACUGUCGACGAACUCACCGAGGCCGGCGAGAUCAUAGCGGUGCAAAGAACAUCCCUGGAGUAUGCCAAUGGACAAACCUGCUGGAAUGGCCCGGCCCGAUCCACGACCGUAAUCUUGGAAUGUGGGGAGGAGAAUGAGAUUCUGAAGAUCGCCGAAGACGAGAAAUGUGUGUAUUCCAUGGUUGUGACCAGUCCGGCCGUGUGUCCCGGCGGCGAGGAAGAAGGUAAUGGGGCGCCGCGAGGCAAGGACGAGCUGUGA